AACUUUGUGGCGUUACUCUCACUCAACAACAAUCUUCUCUUCAUAAGUGAUAGUAUUAGAUGUCGGUAUGGCCCUUCUCUCUUUCACCGUGAUUUACUCUUUUUUAGCAUCCAUAUCAUCAACUUUUCUUUCUUUAAACUACUAACCCUGUGUCAAUGGCCAACGACGGCCCUCUCAAAACUUCGCUCCUCUUCCUUGCCACCCUGAUGUUGAUAGUUGUUCUCUCUACUCAUUCCUUCAACAAGAUGUUAGUUACCUAUAUUGUGGGAAUUUUGGGUAUUGCGGGGUUGCUCUUACCUGAUUGGGAUUAUUUCAACCGCGAUUUUUCUCGUUGGCCUUAUCCUGUGACUUCUGAAGAAAGAACUUCUCUUGCCCAACUAUCUGGAUUUCAGAGAUUUGCAUAUUCUCCUAUGAGGGUGAUUGCUUACAGCCUAGUUUAUGGAUAUGCUAUGUAUAAAUGGUGGGAGUACAUAUCCAACUGACAAUAGAUGAUUUGAAGUUGUGCCAUUUCAUCUCAAUUUUAGUCCAAUUUUUUUUUAUUUAAUUUGUUUACAAUUUUACACUUUUGAAAAUGUGUCUAUUUUUUUUGUAAGAAGCUGAAAUUUUAAGGAGUUUUUGAUCUUAUAAUUAUUGAGAUUGAAUACCAGAAAUUCCAAUGAUGUU